AUGGACGGCAUCAACGAUACGGCCGACACGGCCGACGCCGCCAGCUUUAUCGAACCGGCGUCGGCCUCCGACGACAACGCCUCCAUCGGUACCACCGACCACCUCGCCAUCACCUCCGACUACGAUCCCACUCUCCACCACCACCGCACCGCCACCAGCACCACCGCCGGCGCCUCGCUCGUCGGCUCCCUCACCGACAGCGUCACCGAACACGUCUUUGAAAACGGCCGCCGCUACCACCGCUACAAGUCCGGCCGCUACCCCAUCCCCAACGACGACAUGGAGGCCAGCCGCGAAAACGUGCGCAACGCCUUGUUUUCGGAACUUCUCGGCGGCCAGCUGCACCUGGCGCCCCUCGCGCGGCCGCAGCACAUCAUGGACGUCGGCACCGGGUUCGGCGACUGGGCCGUCGAGGCCGGCGACCGCUACCCGUCGGCCCGCGUCGUCGGGCUGGACCUGUCGCCCAUCCAGUCCGUGUGGAUCCCGCCCAACGUCGAGUUUGUCGUCGACGACGUCGAGGACAAUGCCUGGAUCCACGGCAGCGACGUGGACUUUUUCCAUUUCCGCAUGGUGGCCGUCGUCCUCAAAGACCCGGCCGCCGUGGCCCGCACCGCCUUUGCCAACCUCCGCCCGGGCGGCUGGAUCGAGUUUCAGGAAGUGUACCCGCGCAUCGCCUGCCAGGACGGUGACGAUGACGGCGGCGGCGGCGACGACGACAACAACAACAACAACAACAACAACAGCACGCGUCCUCCCGGCGCCGGUGACGACUACGUCGUCGCCCGCUUCUACCGCCUGGCCGCCCGCGUGCUGCGCCGCCGCUACGGCUGGGACCUGUUUGCCGCCGGCCACCUGCCGCGCCAGCUGCAGGACAUUGGCUUUGUCCGCGUCCAGCGCCGCGUCUGCCACGUCCCCAUCGGCUACUGGCCCAAGGACCCGCGGCGCAUGCAGCAGGCCUUUCUGCUCGAGGAGACGCUGACCGAGUUCAUGGCGGCCAUGCAGGCGAAGCCCUUCAGCGGCGGCAUCGACCUGGCGGCCGACGAGGGCGAGGACGGCGGCGCGCGUGUCGUCAUGUCCGCCGACGAGGUCGACGCGCUGUGCCACGAGGUCCGCGCCGCCCUGCGCGCCAAGCACGUCCAUGCCUACAUUCCCUUUCACUUCAUCUGGGCCCAGAAGCCAGAGCAGCCGCCCAGUGGCUGA